AUCAUUAUCCAUUCCAACCAGGUACAGCGGCGGAAGCCAACCCACGUCUGGCCGUUCCGCUCCGCUACAGCUAUUUGUGUGUGUAUGUGUGUGUGCGCGCACGGAGCUAACGAGGAGUGCGUGUCCUCGCCAAGGAUUAGAGUGGUUGGUUCGUCCUCAGUAACAUUAGAGGCAGUGUUGUGGCAGCUGCAGUUACAUCAAAGGCUUUAGCUCGCUCCUUCAGGUCACAGCGACUGAAGCUUUGUUGGAUGUCGGACCUUGUCGGAACGAUGCACUGAGGGACUAGGCUAAAUGCAAGCGUCGGUCCAGAUUUCUUCCUCAGAGGCUGCGGUAUAGCUGAGGGAUUGCGGCACACGGUUGACGUUUUUUUACUGGUUCACUGUGUAACGUCAGUGGUUUGGCUAAAGGGAGAAUUCCGUUAGCCCUGCGCUCGGCUAAAACAUAAUGGCCACUCUACUGCGAAAAAUCGGUCUGAUUCGUCUUCACGACCGGGACACAGAAGACCCCAAGCAUCACCAGGGCUCGCUAAAGGGGACCAAGGGAAACACGAAGAACAACGCGAAACAGCACUGUCAGACUACCAACGAGACCAACAACAUCCUUAGCACUCCCGAGAUCAAAGCGAAGAAGCUGGACCAGCACAGCAGUAAGGACAAACCGUCCGUAAAGGAUAAGCAACAGGGGAAGGACACCAAGGAGAAACAGCAAACGGGAGGCGGAGGAGGUGGGAUCGGGGUAGGGAAAACAGCGACCAGUGCCUCGAUACCACCACCAGCCCCUCACCGGCAGCACUGCACCCAAGUUCGGACGAGGAGACUCAUGAAAGAGCUACAGGAGAUACGGCGGUUGGGUGACAACUUUAUAACGGUUGAGCUGGUCGACGACAACCUAUUUGACUGGAACGUCAAGCUCCACCAGGUGGACAAAGACUCAGCACUGUGGCAGGACAUGAAAGAAACGAACACCGAGUUCAUACUGCUGAAUGUCUCUUUUCCCGAUAAUUUCCCAUUCUCACCGCCUUUCAUGAGGGUGCUUACCCCAAGAUUGGAAAACGGGUACGUGCUGGACGGCGGAGCGAUAUGUAUGGAGUUGUUAACCCCCCGCGGAUGGUCCAGCGCUUACACAGUGGAAGCGGUGAUGAGACAAUUUGCCGCAAGUCUCGUGAAAGGACAGGGACGUAUCUGCAGGAAAGCAGGGAAGUCCAAGAAGGCAUUCAGUCGUAAAGAGGCGGAGGCCACCUUUAAGAGUCUGGUGAAGACUCACGAGAAGUAUGGCUGGGUGUCGCCUCCUGUGUCUGACGGCUGAGGAGAGGGGACAGCCGUGAUGCUAGCUAGCCAUGCUAACCACACCACACCACGCUAACUCAACUCCUCCUCCUAGACCCUACCGCUCCAGUUGUUUUCCGUUUUAUUCGUUUGGGUUCUGAACACCUCACUGAGACCUCAGAAAAAUCGGAGGAAGCCUUGUCAUUGAGGUUUACUCUUUCUUCAAUUUGCAGGUUAUUGUUAUUCUUCCCCCUCCCCCCUGGGGCUGCACUCCUUCCUUUCCCCUCCCUCCUCUCUCUCUCUCUCUCUCUCUCGCUUUCUGUGUUCAUCCCUCGUUACCUUGCUGUUUCCUCUCUGUUCAUCCCUCUUUCGGCUGAGUUGAAGGUUGAAGAAGGAGCUGUGUGAACUGACUAAUUCAUGAAUGGUAGCCAGAGAGGUUGUGUGUCAGUGUAGUGUGUGUGUGUGUGUGUGUGUGUGUGUCGGACACCCAAUCCAUUGACACAAACACACACUGUGGGACAUUCAGACAGACUGAGUGGAUUCGUGGAAAGACUGUGAAAGACUAUUAAGAGGAGGUGCACCUCUGCUCUGCUCCUCUACCCAAUCUUCCCGUCUCACCUUCCCUCCACAUCUCCAAUCUGACACCUCCACUGAACUGAAGUCAGACUUUCCAUCCUGAUCAGUUACAUAGAAACAAGCCUGUUGAUGUUUGAUAGAGAGGCAGUGCAAGCUGGUGGCUCGCCAGUUCACCCCUUUUUUUCUUAAAUUUUUUUCUCCUCUGUUACGUUUUUCUUUUUGACUGUGGUGUUUUUCACAGUUCAAUGCAACAUGAAGAUUGUAAUUGAUGUAGAGCUGCGCUCUCUCUAUCGUUCCUUCUGCCCCCCCCCCCACCGCCGUUCUCUCUCUAUCUUUGUGGCUAAAUUUAGAGUACACUGUGUUGCAUAGACGGUCACUGAUUUCCAAUGGAGAAAAAAAAAACGAUUUGCUUUAUACACUGAGACCGUACAACGUAGGGAAUAGCAGUGAAGCCACAGCGUUCUCUCUCUCGUAGCUCUCUGGUCAUAUUGUCAUGUGUAGGAGAAGACCAACAGCUACAUAUUUCAUGAUUUAGAUACCAGAUGGUCGAACAAAUACCCAGACCCCUAAAGGGUUUGUGUGUGUGUGUGUGUGUUUGUGCUUGCAUGAGAUUGUGUGUGUCUCAACAUGCUUGGCCUCCCAUUGAAUCCCUAUGCGAAGGCAAUGGUACCAAUCCAAACCCAUAACAGUGAAUCAGUAACACAGCGGUGUUACAGUAUUGACAUUACCAUGGUAAUGAUGGUUAUGUCCUGGCCAAGGGAAAUCAUUAUCUCUACUAGUCCCCUAUGGGACUGAACACAAAUUGGAGACCAGAGAGAGUGUUGUUGUGCAAGGUUAGACAAGCUGUUUUGCAUUGGCUCGUCACAAUCAUGUUUAGUGCUGUUACUCAUAUACACACACACACACACACAAAUACCACAGCCAAUGUGACUGUGUGAGUGUUUGAGGAGCCCCGUUGGGGAUGAAGAGGUUCUGUAAUAAACGACUAUCGUCUGGGCAACGGAAAGUGUCUCUGCACGCUCGACUGAUGUCCAGAGAGAGCGAGGAAGAGAUGGCGAGGAACAGGGAGAUACGGGGGAAAGCUUUGAUGUUUCACCGCUGGCUCCUCAAAAUGUCAGAUGAAAUCCAAAAUGGCCGAAAAGAAGGGGCGUUUCAUAACACACACGCACACACACUCCAGCCUCCAGGCCCCCCCUCCUACGAUGCACCUUGUGCCUGGCUGUGAAUGAAGUCCCACAGGGAGCUAUCUGCUAACUGCCUUGGCAUUUAAGCUGAGAGACAUUUUCAGAGACAUUUUCAUCACACACACAACCACACUGCUUGGACAUUGUGUUAGUCUCACCUCCCAGGUCGUAGCAUCUCCAGCAGCUUUACGUUGUGUUUGAGGCAGUGUCCAUACGGUAUAUUCAUCGCCAGGGCAGGAUGAUUUGUGCGCCAGAGGGUUUGUGUCAGGCUCUCUGGGAGAAAGUUGGAGAAGUCACCAUCUGUAUCUAACCAUGCGAACGGGCAAGUGCACUACUUUUGAGUGAAACCCUUCGUAGGUAAUAGGGUGGGAUUUGGGCCAGGUUACAAGUUAGCGCUGGCGGUCUUGUUCCUGUUCUGUUGCGGGAAGUGUAGUCAGGGCUGGCUGUGGGGCAAAGAAAACUAGUGUAAAAUGAUGGAUAGAGGAAAAAAUAUCUCCAAACUGGGUGUUGGUUUAAAGAGAAUCAUUUUGUGAUAUAGUUUAGAUCGGUAGUUCUCAGACACAAACUGAGUGGGUGGAUUCUGUUGUAUUAUAUCUGCAUGUGGUAAGUAAUUGGUAGCUAGCUAUCUUUUUUCAAGAAAAGCAACAGGAAAACGACGGGGGGGAAAAAACGAACAGCAAAAUGCUUCUCUUCUCUUGAUUUCCGGUUUCUGUAUGUAUAUUUUUCUUUCCAACGUCCUAAAAAAUACUGUCACGUUGUGUUCUAUGAAUGUUGGUGUUUUAAUUUAUUUGUGGUUUGCCAAAAUGAAGAUUUUGAAGCAUGUCGCAGGUAUUGUCACAGAAAAAGAGAAAAAAAAAAAAUCCUAAGAAUGAUGAUGUAUGUGUCAGAAGUAAAAGGGGUUGUCCAGGUGUACAUAUUCUGGGAGACUUACGAUACCAGAUUAAGAAGAACUACAUAAUGAUUUCAUAAAGCCUCAACAUUCUCCAAGAUGUCAUUUGUCACCUGGGGCAAAACUCUAUAGGACUUAGUGGAACGGAAGGAGCAUUUGAGACUCUUAGCUCUCACAUUUAUUUCCUACUCUGCUCUGUGAUAUCACGGAUGUCCGUCCUUCUUUCUCUGGUUCUGGACAACAGUACUACUUGGGUAGAAGUUGCUCUUAGGCAGAUCUGGGGUCAGCUCUGCCCUAACCCUAGCCAUUUGAGUGGAAUGCGCAGUUAUGACCUUAGAUCAAAUUCUAGGGGCAACAUUCCACCUUUUUCCAGACUUAAGUGUCUAGUCCAGACCAAGCUUAAAAGGUCAAAAGGUGAAAGGUCGUUGCAAGACCAAACAGGAAUGUGCAAUAAAAGUUACGGCUUAUUGAAACA